AUGGCGUCGUGUGUGAAAACUGAGAGGCCGGCGUUCUUUAUCGAGAAGAUUCUGGAGCUGGAAACACCUGAAAACUUCCAGAAACUUCACCGACCCUGGGCAGAGAUGGGAGCAGAGAAGGAGAAUGUAGGACACCGAAUUUCCUCUAAACAAAAAUAUCCUCCUCCUCCUCCUCAUCAUCAGCAGAUGAGGCCGACGUGCAGCUGGUACAUCGGACGCAGACCGCGCACCGCCUUCACCAACUGCCAGGUGAAUGUGCUGGAGACAGUGUUCCAGGUGAACUGCUAUCCAGGUAUCCAGCUGAGGGAGCAGUUGGCGGUCAGACUGGAGCUGGACGAGGACAGAAUACAGAUCUGGUUCCAGAACCGGAGGGCCAAACUGAGGCGGGCCCUGAGAGAGAGCCAGCUGCAGCUGGUUCAGACGGCCGUGGGCGACCUUGGGGUCAGACGGGAGGUCAAAGGUCACCUGGAUCUCGCUCAGAGACUCGAGAAGGAAGAAGAGGAGGGAGGAUGA